AUGCGGACUCUAGCACGAGCGGCUAUAGCCAUUGCGCUAAUUCUAACCCUGUUUUGGGUCAAAUCCCACCUCGAAUCCAUCCUGCAAUGGCGAAAUGAUGAAUAUAAUUCCGAUCUUUAUGUCCUAAAUGGCGAUGCGUAUAUCGAGCUGGUCUCGGCCCAUACUGCGACGCCCGCGACGCCAUCACAUACCCAAACCCGGAGGAAAUGGUCCCCCACGGCCCGACCAACUCCUCGUCUAAUGAUAGCCAAUCCUGAACCGGAGCGCAUCCCCGUCGAUGUCCCCGGUGCUGAAUGGGCGGGGGAGCUAUGGUUCAGAUCUGAAGAGGAACCCGAAUUCUAUGAUUCAAACGGAUUCGACGAUGCCCAACUACUCGCUCCAGUAGAGCAUAAUGAUGUCAUGGCACCUUCGUCUACUGCCCCUUCUCGUCCAAAGGUCACUCCGAAAUCGGAUCGCAUCAUUAUUCUGGGGAAGAUGUCAUACGAAGACACUGAUUGGCUCGAGGAUCAGCUGCCAGAAUGGCAACACGCAGUUUACCUCGUUGAUGACCCCGAAGCAUCCCUGCAAGUCGAGCAAAACAAAGGCAAAGAAAGUAGUGCCUACCUGCAAUACAUUUUAGACAACUACGACAAAUUGCCCGAGUACAUGGUCUUCCUCCACGCUCAUCAAUAUAGCGGCCACGUCGAAUUUUGGGAGCAGGACAAUGUGUUGACCGUCCAAAGACUGCAACUCGACUACCUCCGACGAGUUGGAUAUCUCAAUCUACGCUGUGACUGGAGUCCCGGGUGUCCCGACGAGGUCCAGCCAUUUCGACAAACGGCUGGUCGCACGACCGAGCUUGCCUUUGCGGGUGCUUGGAUCCGUAUCUUUAACAACACCGAUGUGCCUGAGAUAGUUGCUACGCCCUGCUGUGCUCAGUUUGCUGUGACCAGGGAGCAAGUUCUCCAACGCCCACGGACCGCCUAUGAGUCGUAUCAUAAUUGGCUUAUGACAACCGAGUUGGACGACGAGACGAGUGGUCGUGUCUUUGAGUACAUCUGGCACAUUAUUUUCGGGCAGGAUCCCGUGUUUUGUCCGGAAAAGGCUCAGUGUUACAAGGAUGUAUAUGCCAUGGAUUAUGAAGAGUCGGCUAUGAAUUUCUUUGAUGAUGGCAUCUGGGGCAAUUGGUACGAUGAAGCACCUAUGGACGAAAUACCUAUGGAUGAAAUACCUAUACACCCAACGCCUGUGAAGGAAACACCUGUACAUGCGACACCUACACAUACAACACCUGUGAAUAGGAUAUGA